AAAGACCUCCCACAACACUCGAAAAGGCGGAAAGCUCGAUCGGCCCUUCACAAAUGGAAACAAAUAUCCUUCAGACAUACCUGGCUGACACCUCUCGUCCUCAUGGUUGCCAUUCUGGCCGCCUACUUGGUGAACCCAGGGGAGCAGAAUCCCUUCCAUAAAGCCAUCUUCCUUUCCUACAACCUCGGACCAGACUAUCCAGGCGGGCCGGACAUGUACGGAAAAGGAUACGCGGACUGGGUUUUUGUAGGCUUCUACACGAUCGUUCUGACUUUCACGCGCGAGUUCAUCAUGCAGCGACUAUUGCGACCGAUGGCCAUAAAGUGCGGCAUAAGAAAGAGGGGGAAGCAGUCGCGAUUCAUGGAGCAGAUGUAUACGGCCAUGUACUUUGCCAUUCUUGGACCAUUCGGUCUGUACGUCAUGAAACAAGGAUCUCUCUGGUAUUUCAACACCACGGCCAUGUUCGAGGGAUUCCCACAUCGCAAGCACGAGGGGGCGUUCAAAGCCUACUACCUGAUACAAGCCAGCUACUGGGCUCAGCAAGCCAUUGUUCUCGUUCUGCAGCAGGAGAAACCCAGAAAAGAUUUCAAAGAGCUGGUCUUGCACCAUAUCGUGACAUUGGCGCUUAUUGGACUGAGCUAUCGGUUUCAUUUUGCGAAAAUGGGUAUCGCGGUUUACAUCACCCAUGAUAUAAGUGACUUUUUCCUUGCAACGUCCAAAACAUUAAACUACCUCGAUUCCUUCAUUGUUGGACCAUAUUAUCUCACUUUCAUGGGCGUAUGGAUCUAUCUCCGUCACUACAUCAACCUGCGCAUCCUUUGGGCUACUCUGACCGAGUUUGCGACCGUUGGACCAUACGAAUUGAACUGGGAGACGCAGCAAUACAAAUGCUGGAUCAGCCAGAUCAUCACGUUUGGACUACUUGCAUGUCUACAGGCCGUCAACUUGUUCUGGCUGUACCUCAUUCUACGCAUCGCCAAGAAUUAUGUGUUCUCCGACUCACAAGGUCCGCAAGACGAAAGGAGUGAGGAUGAGGAAGAGGAUGAAGAGAUCGAGCGCGCCCAAAAGAAUGAGGAUUUGAAGUUGAAUGGCAACAAGCCUGCUCUUCAAUUGAACGGAGUUCCUGUCGAGGGUGAAGCAAAGCCCGAAGGAGUCCGAGAACGCAGGAGAAAGGCCUAA